CCCUUUCCUGGCGGCCGGGUCUUUAACACCGCCCAGCGCACAUGUUGCGGGAGCCCAGGCAGCAGCAGCUGGGAGCGCACAGACGGCCGCCCGGCCGGAGCAAGGCGGGCGCUGCCGCGAUGCAGCAAAGCCAACAGCACUGGCAGCUUGGGCACUGCCGGGCUUCGGUGCCAGGCAGCCUGCUGGUUUGGCUGAUGCUGGCAUCUGCAGGCGCUGCAUCCUGUCCCGAUGUCUGCUGCCCCUUUGGUUCCUCGGGGCUGCGCUGCACCAGGGCUGGGACCCUGAAUAGUCUCCGACAACUGCUGGGUGCUGAGAACCUGACAGAGCUCUACGUGGAGAACCAGCAGCAUCUGCAGCGCCUGGAGCUCAGUGACCUGCAGGGCCUGGGGGAGCUGAGAAACCUCACCAUCGUGAAGAGUGGCCUCCGUUUUGUGGCGCCCGAUGCCUUCCAUUUCACAACUCGACUCAGUCGCCUGAAUCUGUCCUCCAAUGCUCUGGAGUCUCUCUCCUGGAAAACCCUGCAGGGCCUCUCCUUACAGGAGCUGGACCUGUCUGGAAACCCUCUGCACUGUUCCUGUGCCUUGUACUGGCUGCUGCGCUGGGAAGAGGAGGGACUAGGUGGAGUGGGUGCGCAGAGGCUGCAGUGUUCUGGGCCCAGGGACCAGCUCCUUGCCCUCAGGCACAACACCAGCUGCGGUGUGCCCUUGCUGAGGGUCCAGAUGCCCAAUACCACUGUGGAAGUAGGAGAUGACGUAUUGCUGCAGUGCCACGUGGAGGGGCGGGCCCUGCAGCAGGCCGGCUGGAUCCUUACUGAGCUGGAGGGUACAGCCACAGUGAUGAAAUCUGGGGAUCUGCCAUCCCUGAAGUUGACCCUGACCAAUGUCACCAGUGAUCUCAACAGGAAGAAUGUGACCUGCUGGGCAGAGAAUGACGUGGGCCGGGCUGAGAUCUCUGUCCAGGUCAACGUCUCCUUCCCAGCCAUUGUGCACUUGGGUGCAGCAGUGAGGCAGCACCAUUGGUGCAUCCCUUUCUCUGUGGACGGGCUGCCGGCACCCUCCCUGCGCUGGCUCUUCAAUGGCUCCAUGCUCAAUGAGACCAGCUUCAUCUUCACUGAGUUCCUGGAGUCAUCAUUGACCAAUGAGACUAUACGGCAUGGCUGCCUUCGCCUCAACCAGCCCACCCACGUCAACAACGGGAACUACACACUAGUGGCUGUCAAUCCUUACGGCCAGGUCUCCGCAUCCAUGAUGGCUGCAUUCAUGGACAACCCUUUUGAGUUCAACCCUGAGGAUCCCAUCCCUGACACUAACAGCACGUCCAGAGACCCAGUGGAAAAGAAGGACGAAACACCUUUUGGGGUCUCAGUGGCUGUGGGCCUGGCUGUCUUUGCCUGUCUCUUCCUUUCUGCACUACUCCUUGUGCUCAACAAAUGCGGACAGAGAAGCAAGUUUGGGAUCAACCGUCCGGCUGUGCUGGCUCCAGAGGACGGGCUGGCCAUGUCCCUGCAUUUCAUGACAUUGGGUGGCAGCUCUCUUUCCCCUACCGAGGGCAAAGGCUCGGGGCUCCAAGGCCACAUCAUCGAGAAUCCACAAUACUUCAGUGAUGCCUGUGUCCAUCACAUCAAGCGCCGGGACAUCGUGCUCAAGUGGGAGCUGGGCGAGGGCGCCUUUGGGAAGGUCUUCCUUGCUGAGUGCCACAAUCUGCUGCCUGAGCAGGACAAGAUGCUGGUGGCUGUCAAGGCACUGAAGGAGGUGUCCGAGAGUGCUCGGCAAGACUUCCAGCGUGAGGCUGAGCUGCUCACCAUGCUGCAGCACCAGCAUAUUGUGCGCUUCUUUGGGGUGUGCACCGAGGGCCGCCCACUGCUCAUGAUCUUUGAGUAUAUGCGACAUGGGGACCUAAACCGCUUCCUUCGGUCUCAUGGGCCCGAUGCCAAGCUGCUGGCUGGCAGGGAGGAUGUGGCUCCAGGCCCCCUGGGCCUUGGGCAGCUGCUGGCCGUGGCUAGCCAGGUUGCAGCAGGGAUGGUGUACUUGGCCAGUCUGCACUUCGUGCACCGGGAUCUGGCCACGCGAAACUGUCUGGUGGGUCAGGGACUUGUGGUCAAGAUUGGAGAUUUUGGCAUGAGCAGGGACAUCUACAGUACUGACUAUUACCGCGUGGGAGGUCGCACCAUGCUGCCCAUCCGCUGGAUGCCACCUGAGAGCAUCCUCUACCGCAAGUUCACCACCGAGAGUGACGUGUGGAGCUUUGGUGUGGUGCUCUGGGAGAUCUUCACCUAUGGCAAGCAGCCCUGGUACCAGCUCUCCAACACUGAGAGUAUCGAGUGCAUCACGCAGGGACGUGAGUUGGAGAGGCCGCGCGCCUGCCCACCAGAGGUCUACGCCAUUAUGCGGGGCUGCUGGCAGCGAGAGCCCCAGCAGCGCCACAGCAUCAAGGAUGUGCAUGACCGGCUGCAAGCCUUGGCCCAGGCGCCUCCUGUAUACCUGGAUGUCCUGGGUUAGAGGCUGGCCCAUGGGCUGGGGCCUGCCUCAGUCACCUCUUCAACUCCCAGCAGCAGCCCCAGGGUGAUCUCAAAGCAUCUAACUCACCCCCAGCAUGCAGAGGGGACAGAUAGGGGCUGGGAAUGGAGGAUGUUCCUUCUUCUUUAGGCCAGGUUCCAUCAUAGCAAUUAUAUUUAUUAUCCCU